AUGACGACUCAAGCCCGCAACCUCUUCCACCACCUACCUCCGCCAGCGGAAUGCCUCGCGCUCUUCAUCGCAACCCUCGAGAUCGUCCCUUUCGGAAUAAUAGGUCUACGAAACCCAUCCUUCUUCGCUGAUGGCUACGGUCUGCCCAUCUCGGCCGAGUCCGACACAUCACCCGCAACUGCGAAACGAUCCAGCAAUACCGAAAGCACCUACGACGAGGAUCAGAAGACCAAGAAAGCCCUGGUUGCAGCGAUAGCAGCGCGCAACGUUCAGAACGGUGUUCUCUUAGCUGUCUUCGGUCUGGUACUGCGAGACAGGAGGAGCUUGGGAGUUGCGGUUAUGGCGGGCUUAGUCGCAACCGUCGCGGACACGGUGAUUGUCAGCGCGUAUGGAGCGAAGGACAAGAUCGCGGGUCACUACGUUGGCAUCUUCAACAGCUUGGCGAUUGGGGGGAGUUUGCUAUACUGGGGAAGGAACGACCCGCUGUGGUGA